AUGAAAACUAAGCUAAACCAACAAAAUUCGGCCAGCAAUGAGUCCCCUUCCUCACCAGGGCCCUCGACGCCAAAAUCAACCUCAGAUAUCAAAGGCGUGUCAAAACCUUUAUCAAGUGUAAAUUCGGAAUUAAAUUUGAAAAAUGAGUCAAUCACUCUAUACGUGCGGGAAAUUGUAAAUUUGUAUGUUUUGGACUGUAAAAAGAGACCGGACCCAUUUCAGCCAACUUUGGAGCCCAAAGGCUCAUCUAAAAAUUCAGACACCCUUUCAUAUUUAGUUUUAAGCGGACAAGAUGUUUCAGGAAUAUUUAGGCGCUCAUUUGAAGCAGUUCCAGAAUCAAGAAGGAAAGAUUUACUUGAAAUUCGAAGUAUCCUGACCACCUCAGGCCCAGAAGAUUUAGAAUCUCUAGUAAACACGAUAUGUGCGAUAAUUAGUUAUCAGCAGCUUUUGACACCAACUGCAAGGCAAAAAUUCGCAAACGAACAUUUGCAACCAUGGCUUAAAUCGCAAGAUGGAGAAGCAUUUGCAGGAAAAGAUUACGAAAAGGUGUACUCAAGCUGGAAAAAUUAUCUAAGAAAACAUAUGCCAACAGGUGUUAAGUUGUGUGAUUACUUUUCAACUGAUUUUUUGAGACCAGUUUUGGUGCUAAACGCGGAUCGCAUAAGACUUGAACUUGAAAAAACCGCCUUCAAAUACCAUCCAGACCUGUUCAUCUCACUCCUUUGUAAGCAGUGUGGAUUUAGUGAUGAACUUGCUGGUACAAUUGGCACCAUGAGCAGUGCUAAAGGUUAUCAGAUACAGUCACUUUUGCCCUCUGAAACUGGAUUAGGGUUUUUACAUAGAGACGCAGGAGGUGCUAAAGAAGAAGAUUUAGGCAUAAUAACUUUCGAAUGUAUUACUAAUGAUAGGGAACCUGGACAUAUGAUCAAACUUAUAACUGUCAAGAACAUUUUCUCCAGACAGUUACCCAAAAUGCCAAGAGAAUACAUUGUGAGACUGGUUUUCGACCGAAACCAUUAUACUUUCUGCUUAUUGAAGAAGGGCGAAGUGAUUGGAGGGAUUUGUUUCAGACCUUAUUUCGAGCAAAGGUUUGCAGAAAUCGCAUUUUUAGCAGUAAAGUCAACUGAACAAAUUAAGGGUUAUGGUACCAGGAUAAUGAAUCAUCUUAAGGAACAUGUCAAGAAGAGUAAUAUUGAGUACUUUUUAACAUAUGCAGACAAUUUUGCAAUUGGUUACUUCAAGAAACAGGGAUUUUCACUCAAAAUCACAAUGCCUCGUGAAAGAUGGUUUGGAUAUAUUAAAGACUAUGAUGGGGGUACUCUUAUGGAAUGUUACAUAUCUCCAAACAUUAAUUACUUACGACUCAGUGAUAUGCUUAGUCAGCAGAAGGCAAUUGUAGUAAAAUGUAUUGAAGCUAUUAAACCUCUAAAGGUGUACAGUGGUUUAAAUGUGUUUGGUAAAAACACCGGUGUAACUAUAAACCCUUCAGAUAUACCAGGGUUACUAGAAGCUGGUUGGACACCGACUCAGACUAGUUCUCUAAAUCCUGUGGGUGUCUCAAGUUCUGAGCCUGACGGUCAGAAGAAAUCCCUAAAGGCAUCGAUUCUCGAGUUAUUAAACACUUUAAAUAAGCAACAGAGUGUUUGGCCUUUUAGAAAACCUGUAAAACAAUCAGAAGCCCCAGAUUACUAUGAGAUUAUAACUCAGCCGACUGACAUUUCAACAAUGAAGCGCAAGGCGAAAUUGGGUGAAUACAAGACGAAAGAGCAGUUUGGUGAGGAGCUUAAGCGGAUGUUUGACAAUUGCAGGCUUUAUAAUACAUCUCAUACAAUUUACUAUAAAUAUGCGAAUGAGCUUCAAGCAUUUAUAUGGCCACAAUAUGAAAAUAUACAAGAAUAA